UGCGUGGACACCAUCGUGUCCAGUGUAAGCCCCGCACUGUUUCCAUGAGAACGUAACAACAAUGGCUGGGAUGAGGGCGCCGGGGGACAUUCUCUGUGCUGAUCCCAAUGAAUCUCUUGUAAAUGACGAGGCAAGAGGGUCAAUGAAGCAACUUUCACAGAGUGACAUUCUCCAGAUUUGCAGUGUUCUGGAAGAUUGUAUAGAUCAAUUAACCAUUCUUGGCCUCAUUAUGCCGGUCUCCUAUGAAGAAAAGCCAGAUGCAACACGUUAUAUCAGGAAUGAAAUUGACCUGAUACUCAAGGGUCAGAAACAAGCAGAGUCAAAAUGUCGGGAUCUUCUGACUCUGAGGUCACAGGACAAGGCGGCUGGAAGACUUCCUACAGACCAGUUAAUGGGGCUGAGAGAGCAAAUCCAAGAAACUGCAGCAGACCUGAAGAAGAAUAGUCAGCUCCUCAACACAUCCCUGAAACAGAGUCCACUUAGUGCUGAUAAUCUGGCCAAGGUGCAAGCUGACAGGCAAUUUGCUUUAGAUGUGAUUACUAAUACCCUGGAAGAGUUGCAUGUAUCAGGAACUUUCCUGACUCUACUGGAUGUGAUUGAGAAGGAGAAACAGAAAAAAAUCAACAUGCAAAAUGCCAUCAUCAGGGAAGAAGAAGGCAGAAGGAAAGUCAAAGCUCUGAGAAAUCAGCUGCAAAAUUUACAGAAAGAAAAGGAGGCAGAACAACAGAAUAAAAAUGAGAUGAUUGCACACUUAAAAGACCAAGUGCAAGAAAUGAAAGCAAAAACCUCCUUGGAAGGGAAGUACAUGAAGAAAGACUCAGAACUGCAGGUCCUUCAGACACAUAAGAAAUGUGCCAAUGAGGAGGAUAAAUUAAAAGGAGAGGUGCAGCUCUUGAAAAAUAAAAUUGAACAGGAGAUUCAGAUACACUCGGAGAUUGAAAAGUUCCUGAGGCAAAAUCAAACAGACCUGGAAGAAAAGCUGGAAUUUUGGAUGGAAAAAUAUGAUAAGGAUAUUGAAGCAAAGCAAAGUGAAUUGAUUUCUCUAAAAGCAUCCAAGAAUAGUAAUUUACAACGACUCAAAGAGUACUCUGAAAAGUACCUGACAUAUGAACGAGUGAUUAUUGAUGACAGAGUUGAGAAGGAGAAUGAAUGGAAGAGACGGACACAAGAAGAAAAAGAGUAUAAGAGCAUUAUUAAGCUUCAGUCAUGGUGGAGAGGGGUCAUGGUUCGCAAGGGAAUUGGUAUCUACAAGAAUAUUAAAAAGAAAGCAGAAAACAAAGGAAAGGCCAAAGGAAAAGGGAAGGACGAUAAAAAGAAGAAAAAAUGAAACCACUUCUGAACUUAGAAACUUACAGCAUGCCCAACUUUUGUUUCAAUGUGGAAGAUUAUUACUUGGUAAUACAGUUCAAUUUGCAUUUACCAAAUAAGAUUUCAGUUUAUACAAAAUUAACUGCUAGUCAUACCAAUAAUUGACCUUUUAUAUUUUUCACCUUGGGAAAACAAUAUCUUAUGCUUCAUGUCUUACUUGUUUCUUAGCAUUUUCAUGAGUGCAAAUCCUUCUAUUCUCCAUACUUUCAAGACCCACCUUUCUGCUUUCCAAACUCACAACUAUCUAAGAUAUUAAAAUGCAAAUUAUGACAUUAAGUUUUAAUGGAAUAUCUUUUGCUGUGACACCGCUUAAGAAAUCCACAAUGGAAUAAAAAACAAUAAACUAUUAGCUGGAGGAGCUCAGCAGGUCAAGCAGCACCUAGGGAGGAAAUAAAUUCUCAAAGUUACAGGUCAAAACUCUGCAUCCAGACUGUGUCUAUACUACUGUUUACACUACUUAUAAUAUCAACAGUCCCCAUAUUAUAACAGGGUUGCACCACCAAGAACUGUUUGUAACCCAAAGUGUUCGAGAGCCAGAAUUUCAAUACUCCCCAGCUAAGGGAAAUAUCUUCAAGUCCUUUAAAAUUUUAUGACCAAGGUUUUACUUUUGUAAACACUAGAAAAGUCGUAGGAACCUUGAAAUUUACAAGCAUGCACUGCUUAAUGCAGAAGCCCCAUAAUUGCUGCUAGUAAUCCAGGCUAUGGUACUUGCAGAUCUUCUGAAGAGUCAUAGAAUCGUGGAGCAUAGAACAUAGAACCAUUAUGCCCAUGCUCAAUAUUUUCCCUCAUUUAUACCAAUCCCAUUUUCCCACAUUAAGUUCAACAUUACCUACUUAGAUGCCUAUCUAAAUGUCUCUUAAAAGCAGAAACUGUAUUUUGUUCUAUCACAACCCAUGAGGGUCCCAGCAUCAAUCCCUGCCCCAUUGGUCAAAGACUUCCAAUCAGAAAGGUAUCCUUACACCAUCAUUCUCUUCUUCCUAUCACUAAGAUAAUUGUGAGAUCCAAUUAGCCCAGCUUCCUUCGAUCCCAUGCAUCGUAACCUUCUACUGCCCUGCCUUCAUCAAUCUUCUCAGCUGCCUUGUGAAAAAAUCUCAAUCAAAUUAGUGAGACAGGAUUUCCCCCCACACAGUUUAUGCUAAUUAUUCCUGACUUUCCAAAUGUACGUAAAUCCCUCAAGAUUCUAACAAUUAAUCUUCCUGCCAUUGGCAUAAGGCUCAUUGGCUUGCCAUUACCUCUAUGCAUAAUCAUGUGAGAUUAGUGAAUACAGGUAAACCCAAGGAACUUGUGAAAUGAAAAUAUGCUUUGUUACAAGUGAGUUGUUAAUAGUUUAUCAAACCGUAAUUACUACUUAGUAAACUCUUAAGCUCUAGUAAAUUAAUUCCGUGUAUGGAUUGAUAUCUUCAAUAAAUAGUACAAAACAUACUUUGAAA